AACAUACACGCAAUUAGGAAGAUGGAAUCGGAAAUAAAAAAAAAGAAAAAACUAAGAAGAAAAGCAAGAGCGGGAUAUAGGGUCCAAAAGCAAAAAAAUAAAGAAGCAUUAGUUUUAGCAUUGCAGGAAAAUAGAAAUCAGCAAGAUAUAAUAGAAUCCAAUAGGAAGGAAGCUCAAAGAGUAAAUCAGAAUGAAGAUAUAUCUCCUUCGAACAAUUCCAUUGAGUACAAUUUGCAAUCUAAAGAAAACAAUCAAGUAUCUGCCAAUUUCGCGUUAUCCUCACCUUUGGAACAACAAGAGCUACCACAGAAUAUAUAUUCGGGCGUGGAAUGGAGCGUGGAACAAAUUAAAUCGGCAUGUCCUCCCAAAAUGAGAAAACCAAAAAAGAAUUGCACUAAGCCAAAACCAAAGAUGGAAGAAGAAACUGAAAUAAGUUUGCCGUGUACGGAAAAACGGCCUUACGAAACUUCUGAACAAAUUUGUUAUAUAAAAAUGCAGGAUCCUUAUGCUCCUUGCUGUUGCAAAACACAGGAACAACUACCACCGUGUCCUCCCAAGCAUUAUCGAGAACCACGCGAGCCGACUUGUACCUGUGAUCUCUGUAAGAAAAAAGGAAUUAGAAGCAAGUGUUGCGAUUCAACAGCGUAUGUCUUUUCACAACACAGUAAAGUCUAGACACAUUUCGGAAACACGUAAAAGGUCUAUGAGAUUUAAUUGUUGGUUGCCAAAACAUGACAACUAGCUAUAAAAUUUGUUUUAAAAAAUAAUCAGUUUCUUUUGUAAAAUUCGCUACAAAUGUGUUCAAACAAUUUCACAAAUAUGUCAAUAAUUAAUUAUUCCGCGCAAUAUAUCGUCACAAAAUACUUUGGACCGACUGGCAAUGUCUGGCUCGCGUAAUUGCUUAAGUGCUCAAGAGCGGUUGUUUUAAGGAUGGAAUUGAAGUUCGUGAGCGUGAACUUUGUGAAAGCUAGAUCGUUGUUUAUCGGUCAAUAUAUUUCAUCUUUUUUUUUAAAAAAAAAACUCAGAGAUUUUAGGGCAACUAAAGCUCGAAAUUCUUGGGAUAACGCGCGUGUCUCUCUAAUGGUCACAUUUUGCGUUACAUCUUAUACGAUUAGAUAAUCCCAGGAAAAAAGUUACUGAUAACACUAUAUUGAGAAGACUGCCGCUACAAGCAGAUAAACAACGUUUCGAAGCGCUGAGCCCGUUUCCGAGAUAUCUGUGUCGAUAUUAAUUUAUCGCGCUCAGCGGAAUCGAGCGACCGUUUAUGAUGUUUUUCAACGACUGUUGGAUGUUUCCGUCGAUGUGCGAUAAAAAAAAUUUCGGCAAAAAAUCACGACAAUCGUUCUGUUUGAUGCGUUCAUUGCGCGGUUGGUGGACGUGAAAAUUUUACAACGUUCACGACCUGGGACAAUGAAUAUCGAUGACUUUUUUAAAUAACAUUUUUGAAUAAUAUGUAAAUCGCGUGAAAGAAACAGGUUUUUGUAUGAAUAUUUAUUUUGCACUUUGAAGAAAUGUUCAAAAACACAUUCUCUAGUUUUGAAACCGACUUUGAGACCGAACCGUCCCAUUUCUCAAUGGGACAAAAAUUCGAUUUGAAGAUGGCGGGAUUUUCUGUUCGCCAUUGCGUGUCCGAAU